UUGGACAACGGGGACACGCCCAACCCGGAAGCGUUGCUAUGGCGGCGGCGGGACCCUUGAGCGGCCUAGUCGCCCUGCUGGAGACCUACCGAGGCAGGGACCGUGUGGUUCGGGCCCUGUGCUAUGCCUGCCAGUUGGGCGGAGGGACUUUGCUGUCUCGGGCGGACUCUGCCCUCGGCCGCAGCCUCUUGGCCCUUUCAGCCCAGCUCAGCCACUGCCGCACCGUCCUCAGGCUCUUCGAUGAUCUUUCCAUGUGGGACUACAGCCGCCAGUAUGGCUUGGGACUCCAGGAGGAAGAUGCUGCUCUUCGCUGGCUCUCGGUCCUCAAUAACGUGGCUGACCAGCUCUACUACCCCUGCGAACACGUGGCCUGGGCGGCCGACGCAGAGGUCAUCUGCGCAGACUCAAGGAAGUGGUGGACGCUCAGCACUGCCCUCUGGGGGGCCUCCCUCCUGCUGGGCAUCGCAAGGUCCCUGCGCAUCUUAUCCCAACUAAGAAGGAAUCAGGAGCAACAGUCCAAGGAGGCCGUGCGUCAGGCGAGGAUGCAGGUGCAGGCAGAGGCACUGACCAUUGUCAGCCACCUGGCGGACUUCUGCAACGCAGUGCACUGGCUCCCCCUCCCGGGAGUGCUGUGGGCUGGGCAGUCCCCUGCGUGGCUGGUGGGCCUUCUGGGCACCCUCUCCUCCCUCAUUGGGAUCUACCUGUCCCACCUCUCCGGCAAAGGAGGGCCGGCCUGAAGUGCUCGGGAAACAGGCAGGAGGAUCCAGGAAUGAUUUCUGUCCAAUGAAGGGUAAUUGAGUGCUGCUGCUGUUGCUGUUGCUGCUGCCGGAAAGGCAGGCCGGCCAUCCAGGAAAGGGAGCAGCUCCGCUGAUGGAGAGCGAGAGGACGACAUCGAGAGGGGCCAAACGCAUGUCUCGCUAUGUAAAUCUGUACCAAUCAGGGGGAAUGAAAAUGAUAUGAGAAAUAA